AUGGAUCCAGGAGUAGUAUUUGCCACAGUCACGAUUUUAUCAAUGACUCAUAAUAUAAUUUCCAACAUUGGUGCAUUCGGGAUUUUGAUGCUGGUUCUGUUUAGGACAUCUAUGAAGCGUAUUAAAGACACGCUUUUGAUUGAUAAACACACUGAGCAGUCCUAUGCAAACGAUUCAAAGUACCCUAUAUCACUAAAUCAUGCCUGCUUUGCAUGGGACAAGAAAACUAUUGAAAAACAAAAAAAUAAAACAGAGACCGGUGAUAUAGAGAUGACUGAGUUGAUUGAUAAUGGCAAUUUGGUACUUAAUGAUAUACAUUUUAAAUUGAAAAAGGGAGAACUGCUAGUUGUUGUAGGACCGGUAGGGUGUGGUAAAAGCAGCUUAUUUAUGGGACUGCUGCAAGAAAUUCCGUUAAUAACAGGGGAUUUAGGAAUUAAUGGAAGUAUUGCUUACUCUGGAGAAGAUGCAUGGAUCAUUUCAGGGACUAUAAAAGAAAAUGUUCUGAUGGGCUUGGAAUAUAACGAUCUAUGGUACAGACAAGUUAUAUCUGCCUGCUCUCUCGAUCAAGACAUCCAAAGUUUUACAUUUGGCGAUGAAACAGUUGUGGGCGACAGAGGCAUCACUCUUAGUGGAGGCCAAAAAGCAAGAAUAAGUUUAGCCAGAGCUGUAUAUACUAAUCGAGACAUUAUCCUUUUGGAUGACCCAUUAAGUGCUGUUGACGCAGAAGUGAGUGAAAUAAUAUUUAAUCAAUGCAUAAAGUCUUUACUGAAAGAAAAAACUGUGAUUUUAGCAACUCAUCAAAUUCAUGUCCUAGCCAAUGCUGACAAAAUUCUUGUGCUCUCUGAUGGCGGUCAAGUAUUUUUUGGAGGAUAUGAAAAGCUGAAAGAAAGAGAAUACAUAAGUGAUAUCAUUGGGGAAUUAUUUCACAAAUCAGUAAAAGAAAUAAGCCAAAGCCCAGAAGCUAAGCCAGCCUUAAGCGCAAAGCCAAAGGAGGUAAAAGACAAAUUAUCUAUAGAAGAGGAAGAGCGAGCAGCAGGACAAGUCCCAUUAAAAAUUUAUAUCCGCUUUUUUAAAUAUGCUUUUAGAAGCUUAUGAAUACUACCAAUUCUCCUCAUUUGCUUAUUAAUCCCUCAAGUGACUUAUAUAGCUGUUGUUUGGUGACUUGCUAUAUGGUCUAAAGCGUCAGAUGAUGAUCAAGACAACGCGUAUUAUAUUUAUGUGCUAGCAAUAAUCGUGGUAGUUAAUUACAUCUUGGUCUUUUCAAGAGCUUAUUCAAUUGGAAUAAGUAUGCUUGCAUCUUCUAAAAGAAUUCACAAUGUAGCUCUAAAAGGAAUCACUCUAGCAGAAAGUGUUUUUUUCGAUAAAAACCCAACAGGAAGGAUGCUGAAUCGAUUUUCCAAAGACACUGUCCUCAUGGAUGAAAUGCUGAACAUAUAUUUCUAUGAGCUUGUUAACAAUUCAUGCUCAAUCAUAGGAAAUAUUAUAGUAUUAGCCAUUGUAGCACCUCCCAAUUUGGCUGUUAUUUUUGCUUUUAUGGUGUAUGUGUUUUUCCUAGUAAAAAAAGUCGCUCCGAUUACUAAGGCUUUGAGAAGAAUUGAAUUGGUAUCUAGAAGUCCAGUUCUUUCGCUUUGCAAUGCUUCAGCACUUGGCUUGGUGACUAUAAGAGCGCUCGGCUUAGAAGAAAAGUUUAAAAAAGAUAUGAAAAGCUCAGUAGUUUUUGCUUUGAAAUCUUUAUGUAGUUAUGCGAUAGCUGUACGAUUUUAUCAAGGAUAUUGCGAAUUCGGAGCAUUAUUCGUAAAUAUCCUUAAUGUUCUGAUUCUUGUGCUAUAUAAAGAUAGUAUAAACUCAGGGCUUGCUGCUAUGAGUAUUUCUCUUACAAUUUCUGUAGCAGGUUUGGUCACAUUUUGGUCGAAGUGCUUGGUGGAAACUGACAAUUUUAUGGCUUCACCGCAAAGAUUGAUAGAAUACGCUGAUAUCCCGAAUGAAGGAGAUUAUGAAACAGGAAAACCAUUUAUAAUAAAUAAAGGCAGAAUUGAAAUCAGGGAAUUGUAUAUGAAAUAUAGAGAAAAUUAUGAGCAUGUUUUGCAAAAUCUCUCUGUAACGAUAGAAGAAGGCAAAAAAGUCGGAAUUGUGGGCAGGACUGGUGCUGGAAAAUCAUCAAUCAUGCAUGUGCUGUUUCGACUUGUCAAUCCUUCGUCAGGAACAAUAUUUAUUGAUGGACAAGAUUAUAGAAAUGCUGGGUUGCAUCAACUAAGAAAGCAAAUGUCAGUCAUUCCUCAAUCCCCAACAAUAUUUUUAGCGAGCUUUAGGGAUAAUCUUGAUCCUUUCCAUGAGCAUACAGAAGAAGAAAUAUUGGACAUUUUAAAACAAACAAGACUUUCUGAUUUAGUAAAAUCUUAUCCUAAAGGACUUGACACAGUUUUAAUUGGAGAAGGUGGGAAUCUUUCAGCAGGACAAAAACAAUUAGUAUGCUUAGCAAGAGCCCUUAUCAGAAAAAAUAAAAUUGUGAUGAUGGACGAAGCUACUGCGAAUGUGGACCCAGAAACUGAUAAGUUCAUUCAAAAGAAGAUCAGAAAAAUGUUUAAGGAGAGCACUAUGCUUAUCGUAGCUCACAGGCUGAGAACUAUUAUAGAUGCUGAUAUGAUUAUUGUAAUGAAAAAGGGCGCUUGCAAAGAAUUUGGAACACCUUAUGAUUUGGGUCGAGAUGAGACAUCAUUGUUUAGAAAAAUGAUUACUUUUACAGGACCCCAAGAAUCUCAGUAUUUGCUCAGUAAAUUGGAAAGAAAUUAA